AUGGAGAGUUCUCUGGUAGUUUUAGCCUUAGCAUGGCUAGCUGCAUUGGCCUUUAUCUCAAAGAAAAUCCGUGAACGAAAUCCCCCCAAAAGAAUUCCACCUGGUCCAAAACCAUGGCCUGUUGUUGGCAAUUUACACCAACUUGGUACCCUCCCACAUAUAACUCUCCACUUUUUUGCCAAAAAGUACGGUGAAAUUAUGCAGGUCAAAUAUGGUUCCCGCACAGUUGUGGUUGCUUCAUCCCCCAAAAUGGCAGAAGAAUUCCUCAAGACAUAUGAUAGUUUGUUUGCCUCUAGGCCUCCUCUUGCUUCUGGCAAAUACACUGGUUACGAUUUCCAAGACAUGACAUGGGCGCCAUAUGGACCGCACUGGCGAAAAGCACGCAGAAUUUACCUGUCAGAGCUAUUUAAUCCCAAUAGGCUUGACUCCUUCGAAUAUAUUCGUGUUGAGGAAAGGCUUACAUUCUUUGCUUCACUUUAUGCCCAGACAGGAAAUCCAAUAAUCCUCAAAAACUAUAUAAGGCGUUAUACUCUUUCCAGCAUAAGCAGGGUGGUAUUAGGCGACAAGUACUUCAGUGACCAUAAAACAGAAGAUUCACUAAUCUCAAUAAGUGAGUUUCAUGGGAUGAUAGAUGAGUGGAUGGUGCUUAACGGUGUACUCAACAUUGGGGACUGGAUACCUUGGCUGCGUUUCUUUGACGUGCAGGGAUAUGUGAAGCGAAUGAAAGUUUUAACAAAGAAGUUCGACAAGUUUCACAAUUAUGUGCUUGCAGAUCACAAGGCCAAGAAGGACUUGGCAGCCAAUAACUUCGUUCCUAAAGACAUGGUAGAUGUGUUGCUGCAGAUGACUGAGGAGGAUACUGAUCCUGAGGUUAAGCUCACCGUGGAAGCUGUCAAGGCGUUAGUCCAUUUUCGUCACUGGGGAAAAGGCCGAGAAGAGAAUAAAAGGCUUGUGCUUGAGGUGGCUCAGCAUAUAGGGGAGAAUAUGGUGAGGACCAUCGCUAUGGUUGGGAUUGAAGGGCUUGUUCGAGUAGCUCGGAAACAACGCCUUUCAGAGCGGGCAAAGGACUCCGAUGCAGUAACAAACCUUUCACGGGUUAAAAAAGGGUUAAUUGAUCUCAACUUGUCAUGGUGUAUGGCAUAUUUGUCAGCAUCAGCAGAGCAUUCCCAAAUUGGAUCCGAUUGA